CUGGCCCACUCUGUACAUCCAGCUCCAAAGCUCCCGACUUCCCCUCACCAUCUAUGAGGCUCCGCCAAACAUAUAUGUGGGAUUGAAUAUCCAGAGCUGGGCUUACGAUGAUGCCAGAAGAUUAUGGCAUCGGCCCCCGCAAGAGGAGACGGAUUGGCCCUCCCUAUGCAGCGCCAUACGUGCUCCGACACCUCUUCGACGAGGUACCCUUGACCACCGACGACCCCAACGAAGACGUUCACAUCACUUGCGUGGAAUACUGGAAUGAUAAUCUCUAUAUUGGCACAUCCACCGCGGAAAUCCUGCAUUUCGUCUGCCUCGCACCCGACCCCUCCGACAAGUCGAAUGAACCAUCCUUCAUCCUAGCUUCUCGAUUGCCCAUUCCAUUUGUCCAUAAUGCUUCGCUUUCCCCGAACCAACAUGGUAUCCAGCAGAUUCUUCUGCUUCCGACGGUUAACAAAGCAUGUAUCCUCUGCAACGGAACAGUCACCUUCUACAUGUUGCCGGAACUCAGUCCUGCGUUUGGAAACACCAAGGUCGCAAACAGUCUGUGGAUUGGGGGUGUAGACUUGAAUGCGACAUCGGAAGAUCUCGAACUCCCAAUGGUUAUGAUCGCCCUUCAAAAUAGAAUUAUGCUGGCCACCGUCGGUGACGAAGCUCGACGUGUGAGGUCUAUCGGAUUUCCAGGUUGUCUUGCAGCGUCGCGACGGGACACAAUUGCAUGUGUGGCAGAUAAACAUUCGUAUUCGCUGCUCGACGUAGAGCAUCAGCAGAAAAUACCCUUGUUUCCAAUAUCCUCCUCCAACGAGGUUUUUGAGUCUGGCCAUGUAGAAGACAUGCCACCGUCAGGCUCCUCCAGAUUAUCCCCAUCGUCUUCUUUCCCCAGCUCGCCUCCUGGAGACAGUCAUUCGCAUAGGAGAAGCUCCAGUCAGAAUACAUUGUCCGGGAUGUUACAACCAAAUCAAGACCGAUCGAGAUCGGCAACCCCAGACCUUUUUCCUGAUGCAGGGACCCCUCAACGGUCCAGUCCGCAGCAACGAGGUGUCGGAUCGCCGAGAAACUCUUCUGAUAAUCACGGCGAGGGCUCCGAGGAUUCGAAGCCUCUCCCACCUCUGCCAAAGCCGGGUUCAAAGCAGUUAACGCCCCAUGUUUUGUCACCAUCCCCUUCUGAAUUUCUGCUGGUUACAGGAACAGAGACAACAGAACCUGGCGUUGGAGUGUUUGUGAACAUGGACGGCAAUGUAGACCGCGGCACGAUAAAUUUUCACCGGUACCCAGAAUCAAUUGUCAUUGACAAAGGCCAAGAGGACAGUUUGAUCCAAUCGAGCGAAAGUACACAGGAUGAGUUUGUGCUUGCUGUCAUAGAAACGGAUCAAAAUGGGAAAUCAUGCAAACGCUUGGAAGUACAGCGGUGGGACGUGGAUCCAGGGGAAGCUGGGAGUCAAAGGAGAUGGGUAGAAAUACCUCUGGCCGAAAAUACGAAGUCACCUCAGGUUGGCCUUCGCCAUACAAUUAGCCCAAGCCAACUCGAAUUCGAUGAAAUGGGAAAUAUCUUACGAAUGGUCCGACUUCAAACCCCGGCAUUAUCUCCCCAUGUCCCUGCAACAGAUCCAAGGACCCAGGCAUCUUUAGAACAUCUCCAGAAAGAGAAGGAGCUUUUUGAAUCGCAAGAAUUGACCGAUUCUGAAGGAUCGAAAAAGGAACGUGGUUGGGAGGCAGAACGAAACGCGGAAGAGGCCAAAUUUGCCCAUGGGCUGGGCAGGACUCGCAGCAGCCUUAUAAUGUGGUCGGGUAACCAGAUAUGGCGGGUUUUGAGGAACCCUCUGACCAUACAGCUUGAUGAAGCCCUGCAGAGCGCGCAGGAAACCCAAGAAGGCGGCCACCGAGUAUUGGACAGGGCUGUCAUUACCGACAUCAUCCAAUCAGUCCAGAAUACAGAACCAACAUCAGAGGCGGAAUUUCUGGGGUUGAACUACGUGAAGCAAAAAGCAAGUUUGCUGCUAUUUGGGGACCUCAUCUCCAUGGACCAGGCUGUCAGAAGCGAGGCAGCCAUUGAAGCCACAGAGCAAGCCCUUGAGGCAGGGAAUCUGGAUCCUCGCUUGGUCCUGCUUCUGAUACCUCUAUUGCGCAGCGAAAUUCUGCAGGGCCCACAGGGGAUUUGGAUACAUGCAGGCCUGGCGAAACUUGCUGAUACUUACACCCAGCAAUUUAAAAAUGAAGAAGUCGGGUCUCAGAAAACCAAGGGUGUGGAUGGUGAAGUCUUGGAAAUUAUCAAACGCUUCCUCAUCUCUUGGCAACAGAAGAGGGGCUAUGGUAGCAUCACGGAUGAGACGUAUGUCUUUGACAGUGUCGAUGCUGCGCUUCUCCAUUUGCUUCUGGAGCAAGACUCCAAUGUGCCAUUGGAGCUGCGUUCAUCUUCACCAGUUCGCGCCGAGCUGAACAAACUGGUCGAUAACUGGAAGGGUAACUUUGAUCGGGCAGCGGCGCUUCUGGAAAGCUACGACCGGCUUUUCAUUCUGAGUCGCCUAUACCAAAGUCAGAAGAUGUCCGGGAAUGUUCUCAAGACCUGGAGGAGAAUCAUUCAAGGAGAGAACGAUGCUGGGGGUGAAACUACAGCUUCCGGUGUCGAGGCGCAAAUGCGCAGAUACCUCGUCAAAAUCAAAGAUGCGCAACUUGUUGAGGAGUACGGGUCGUGGCUUGCGGGUCGUAAUCCAAGUCUCGGUAUUCAGGUUUUCUCUGACAACAGCCGCAGAGUCAAGCUGGAGCCAGCAGACGUGGUUACGCUGCUAAAGGAACGAGCUCCGAAUGCGGUUCAGGUGUACCUAGAGCACCUAGUCUUCUCAAGAAAUUACACGCAAUAUGCGGACGAUCUUGUUUCAUACUACUUGGAUUCAGUGCUCUCGGUUCUCCAGUCUUCCCCUGCUGCUCGGGAGUCGCUUUCUGAAUCGUAUUCCACAUAUCGCGCUCUGCGGCCACCAAAACCGACCUACAUGAAUUUCAUCACAGAAAACACGCCCUCAGAGCCUUGGUGGCAGUCACGAUUACGACUUCUUCAACUACUAGGUGGCGGAAGCAGUAGCCACUUCUCAUCGAUGCCAUCGUCUUUGAAUUUGUCAUACUCCAUUCCCGCGGUUCUUGCUCGCAUCGAACCAUUCCAGAAUGAGUUAGUUUCUGAGUGCAUCAUCCUGGACGGUCUACAAGGCCGACACCACGAGGCCCUGCGCCUUCUCACCCAUGGCCUCGGUGACUAUGACUCGGGUGUUCGAUACUGUCUUUUCGGCGGGCCUCGUAGCACAAGCUCUACGGGUCCACUAGGGGAGUUUGCCGACAGAUCGCUCCAGUCAGAACUUUUCAAACAUCUCCUCAAUGAAUUUCUACAGAUAAAAGACCCGUCGGAGCGUAUUGAACGGACCAGCGACCUCCUAGCCAGGUUUUCUUCUUGGUUCGAUGUUGGCGAGGUUCUCAGGCUCGUCCCAGAUGAUUGGAGCGUUGACAUUCUGAGUGGGUUUCUCGCGCAUGUCUUCCGGGUCCUUGUGUCGCAGACCCGGGAAGUGAGAAUGGAACGAGCACUGAGUGCAAGCCUGAACCUACGUGUUGGAACUGAAUAUAUCGAAGGGACUGAGAAGGUCGGUGGCUGGAUCGAGGAUGGGGAAGGAGUAAGGAGAAUGAGAGAUGGGGUCAAUCAAAACGGCCAGUCCGUACAAGUUGACGAUGAUUUUGGCGACAUGGUCGAGGCUGGGUCGGGACCGUAGUGCCAUUUCCUGCGGUAUAUAUGCAGUGCUUCCAUGAUACCUCUUGUAUUAGCUGUGAUUGACGAUAUAAUAAUGACUCCUUCUCC